UCCAAGACAAUACCAAGAAACAUGACAAUGACAGUCUUAAGUCGAGCGAUGAGCGGUGAUCCUGAAAUUGGAAACUUCAAAAACCCUAUAACUGUCAAUUUUUUGCAUUUUUUGUUGAAAAAGUUUGGGUCGAGUCCCACUUAUCAAGUUUCUGAUGGCCAAAAUGUUGCUCAGCCACAGGAAAUACCAGGACAUAAAAUGGUUCAUUUGAUUAAGGGACAUGCCCUAAAAAUCCACAAAGGGGGUAGGAAUGUACUCAUUGUGGAUUCAAAGAGUCACAAGAAACCCUCUCUCUUUGCACGCAAGACUAUUGUGCAACUGUAUGGUGAGAAACAGCUUGCCUCUCUUACCGUUAAAGGACGCAAGAAAGGUUCCAUCAGAAUAUCAGACAAGGAUUUGGCUGCCAUAUAUGAGUUUGUAGUUGAAUACACAAAACCUAAGAAGUUUUCAUGGGAGGAUUUCCUCCAGUCCCUUACCAAAAAAAUCUCAGCAGCUAAAUCUCCAAAAUCUUCUAAAGCUGAUGAGGAAGAUAAAAUAACACCUUCUAAGAUGAAUACUCCAAAGAAAGGUCAGCCCACCAAAGAUGAAGAGAGAGUGAUAGCAUCUCCUUCCAAAUUUCAAAGAGGUUUGACUGUCACUGAGUUGCCCAGCAGCAGCAGCUCUUCAGGACUGGAGGUACAGUUACAUUAUUCAUUGAACAUUUAUUUAAUCCUGACUGUACUAACUAUCGAAGAUAAGCAUGUGGCCAGAAGGCAGGUUUAAUGUCUUUAAAUUGAUUUUCUGCAAGUAAAUUGAUAAAAUUUGUUUUUGGCCUUUGAUAAAUGGCCACUUAAGUUGAGAGAGAACUUUUACUUUUGUGACUGAACACUGAACUAAGAAACAACAAUAGAUUGUAGAUAUGGAGGCAUCUCUUGGGUCAGAGACACUUAAGAGAAAAGAAAAGUAGAUGUACUAUUGUUGAACUAUAAGAAUUUUGGGCAAAUGAUUUUUUUAUUUAUGUUUGGCUAAGAUUCUCUGAUGAGUUUCUUUUUAAAUCAUAAUCAAAAGGACUAUAAUUUGGCAGGGUAGUUGUUCUUUAGAAAAAAAAGAGUUUUGAUAAACACCUCACCACUCAACUUUUUUUUGAAAGAAAAUCAUAAAUAUUUUGCAGAAAAUAAAUUUAGUGACUCCUACCUUUCUAUAAGAUUUUGUCAUGUGAAACUGAAACUUUAAUUUCACAUGAGCACUAUGCCAUUAACCAUAGUUUAAAUGUUCAAGUGUUAAUGCCCAGGUUUUCCCUGGUUCAGUUCGUGAUAAAACAAGUAUGGUGGAUAGCUUCUUUGAUUUAGGGGG